AUGCAGCUACCUAAGGUUUAUCGGAAGUGCAAAACAUGUCUAGUAGGAAAUAGUCUGCUCCAUUGCGUCGCCGAAUCACUCACUGUACAAGGUCUGACUCCUGAAAAACUAAUCUCACUAGCCAAGCGGCUAGUAAGCAAGUGCUCUGGGGUGGGUCACGCUUUGAUUUCAUACUAUAGCGUGACUAUAAAAGGUGUUAGCACAAUAGAGUUUAUAUCUCCAUAUGUAGGAUGGUCCAUAGAAGACUAUCUCAUGCUUACACUAUAUGAGGGAAGGACCAUUCCAGAGGAACAAGUAUAUAGAUUUAUGGCCGCCAUCAUUUGGAUACUUAACCAGCUCGUGCACAUAUGCAGAACCUCACUUCUUAUGUGGAUCUUUCUUGGAUACGCCAAUCUAUCACUAAAUAAUUUCUGCCUAGAUGAGUUUGGAGCAAUACGUUUCCGCUUAGAUCUAGGUCACACGCUAAAGAACAUGAUACUGGUCGAUGAACGACUUGCGGACUGGCCACGGAUCAAAGGGAGUGAGUUAGGUGUUCAUCUUAAACUGCAUAUAAUACAGUGCAUCUUACGUCUAGCGUUUCCCCUUAACAAUUUAGAAAUAAAUGGAAUUGAUCCGUACUCGGGCGCAUUUUCUCGAGUAUUUAAAGACUCGGAACGAAGCAAGGUGUUUUGCAGUCGCAUGGAGCGUUUAAUUUAUUUAUUUCAAAAAGAAGACAUAACGUUAAGUCAUAUAUUACAUACAAACUUAUUCAAAACAGAAUUAGAAAAGUACUGGCAAUCCUUGGGCAUAACAGCAGAUGACGAUGCAUCAACGCCUCUCAUCGACUCUGUGCGUGCAAACGAUAUACAAAAAAUAUACAAUUUUUAUGGACGGCAGGCUGGAAUGAUGACUUCUUCUGGUAAAACUGCACUUAUGAUAGCAGCUUCCAGAGGAGACACACGCGUGACCACACUCUUAGCGACACGGGAAGCUAACUACAGAGACAUUUAUGGAAACUAUGCAACUCUGCUGGCAAUCAAGAAUGGAUACAAAAAUGUGGCGUUGCACCUUGCAGCGUAUGAGUCCAUGGUUCUUCAAGAGGAUGGUAUCACCCCGUUAAUGCUUCACGUUAUCGGCAAAAAUCUACAAGUCCCAUUUCAAGAACUGAUACAGGAUGCGGGGAAGCAAAUGAAAAAUGGAUUUUCUGCUCUUAUGAUUGCUUCCUUGACUAAUGAUCUGGACUAUUCAAUGGUACUCGCAAAGAAAGAGGCAGGAUUGUGUAACGCAGAAGGGAAGACAGCAGGAACACUAGCUAACGAGCAAGGAAAUACACAAAUUUCACAAUUCUUGGCUCGUUAUGAAAUAGUAAUGGGAGUUGAUGGAGAAACACAGCUUCAUCAAGCAGUAUUAGCGGGUGAUCUGCGCGCAGUGGAAGCUUAUGUACAUGCUGCACGUUCAUAUAAUAAGGCUGGCUAUACAGCGUUAGGAUUAGCAGCAAAGUUCAAUCAUACUGAUAUCAUAAAAACUCUGAUUCCCCACGAAGCUGGGAUGCGGUGUAAAGUUAGCUUCGAGGCAUGCGGCAGGACGUUUCAGGAUCCAACGGCUUUGGCCAUAGCAGUCUAUCAUAAUAACGAGCAGGCAGUGAAUCUUUUAAAACGGUAUGAGGCAGGAUUGGGAAUGAAGCCCCUCCAAACUACUGCCAUGAUGCUUGCAGCAGCGUGCGGAUAUAGCGGACUUAUAUCUCUUCUGCGAACUCGAGAAGAAAAGAUGCAAGACACACACGGCAACACCGCGCUGAUGUACGCCGUGAAUAGCUCUUCCCUAGACGCAGUUUAUAAACUAAUGAAAUACGAAUCUCGAAUACAAAAUACAGAAGGAUACACUGCACUUAUGUAUGCUGCCUUCCACAAUAAGGUACAAAUUGUUGCUGCUCUUAUGAAACUGGAAGAGGGGAUGAUCAAUGUGCAAGGCGAACCGGCUAUUAUCUGUGCUAUCAAGGCAGAAGCUAAAGAGUGUAUAAGUAUACUUGUUCGAGGAUCAGAGGUGUCGUAUUCUAAACAGUGUAUUGAAAUGAUUAAAUCCAGUGCUACACUGACUUGCGCUAUGAAGAGAGUUAUGUUGAGGUAUUUUAAAGAGGAGAAAUUUCAUUGA